AUGCUUUCCAAGGCGGAUGUGACUGAACAUCUGCUUUCACUUACGCUUAUUGAAGCAGUCUUGUAUGCCUUGGGUAUAUACUUGCUGGCUGUGGCUUUUCUUAUCUUUUACCGUCUCACAUUCCAUCCGUUGUCACGAUUCCCGGGACCCAAAUUGGCCGCAACAACAAAAUGGUAUGAGUUUUAUCAUGACAUCAUAAAAAGCCCUGGAGGUCAAUUUGCAAAGGAGAUCGAGCGCAUGCAUGAACAAUACGGUAACAUUGUUCGCAUCAACCCAGAUGAGAUCCAUAUUCGAGAUCCUUUGUGGUUUGAUUCACUGUACGCUCCAAAUCCAACGCAACGUGACAAGUAUCCACCGGCAGCGCGUAUGGUAGGCUUACCACUUGGAAGCCAUGGAACUGUUGAACAUGACGUCCACCGCAAGAGGAGGGCUGCCAAUGCACCUUUGUUCUCGAAACGAGCCAUCGCAUCAGACGGCCAGCUUCUGAUCCGGCAGCACGCCAAGGAGUUGGGAAAUAUUUUUGAGAAAUCAUUGGCAGACGGUCAGCCAAUCAAUCUAGACACUGUCCUGCUCGCUUUCACCACGGAUACCUUGUAUCAUUACGCCUUCGACAAAGAUGCUGGCUUUAUGCACGAUCCUGUUGCCGCCCAAAGCUGGAGGAAUGCUAUGAUAUCUGUAGCUACAGCAACGCCAUUUAUUAAACAGUUUCCUUGGAUCAUCAAGAUCAUAACAGCAAUACCACAUGUACUACUCGCUUACAUGUUGCCAGACUUGUCAAGACUCCUUGGCGUUCAUCGGACAAUGAAAGGUCUGGUUACUGAAUAUAUGACUACCCGAGAAGAUCGACCUCAGCUUGAAAGUCAGAAAACACAUGGCGGGUCUGCAAAGAUCAGUAUGCAACGACCUCCGACUCUCUUCCACGCAAUUGAAAGAAGUACACUACCACCACACGAAAAGAACGCAGCUCGCUUACAACAAGAGGGAGCAACUAUGUUAUUUGCAGGGAGCGAAACAACCGCUCGCCUCCUAGCUCAUACAAUGUUUCACAUUCUUGACAAUCCGGAUAUUCUGAGAAAACUCAAGGAGGAGAUUCUGGAAGCAGUAGACGACGACAAGAUACCAGAUUUGAAGAUCCUCGAAAAACUACCGUGGCUAACCGCUACUGUCCGUGAAUCCCUUCGACUCAGGGCUGCAACAACUUCCAGAUUGCCUCUCGUGUCUAAGACACAACUCGCCUACAAGGAUUGGGUUAUUCCCGCUGGGACACCAGUUAGCAUGAGUCACCCGGAUAUUCUACAUGACGCAACAAUAUAUCCCGAGCCGCUUAAGUUUGAUCCUGAGCGUUGGUUCGAUGCGACUGAGCGGGCGAAUCGUUCCUUUGUUGCAUUUGGAAAGGGAACUAGAAUGUGCCAGGGCAUGGAUUUUGCUUAUGCCGAGAUGUAUAUCACCCUGGCGUUGCUUUUCUCUCGUUUUGACCUCGAGCUUUUUGAAACAUAUAGACACCGUGAUAUUGACUACGUGAGAGACUGUUUCCUUGGCGAGCCUGACCGGGCAAGUCCGGGAAUUCGCGUCAAGAUUGUUGCUGAUAACGGUAAAUACACCGUUUAA